AUGGAAAACUUGGACACUGAAGCACAUGAAUUAAACUUGGAUGACGAUAGUUCGAUCUAUACUCCUCAAGUAUCAGAUGAGUUGAGGCCAAAAAAAGGACAAGAAUUUAACACAAUAGAUGAUGUUGUAACAUUCUACAAUGCUUAUGCUAAAGCAGCUGGGUUUAGUGUAAGGGCUUGGACUACUCAGAAAGAGCCGGGAAGUGGUGAAAUAAGAAAGAAGGAGUAUGUUUGUUUUAAACAAGGAAAAUCUCCAAGAAUCGCGGAUGUUGGAAAUAAAAGACGUCGAGGAAGCGUAGCUGAAGAUUGUCAUGCCAAAAUUCAUCAACAAUUCAGUUUUCUUGGAGUACAAUCUGGAGGUAUAGAAAAUAUUGGGUGCACUCAAAGAGAUUUGUAUAAUCAUGAAAGGGAUAUACGGGCUGAUUUGAAGGGGCAUAAUGGUCAAAUGUUUUAUGAGUAUUUAAAACUGGAACAAGGAAAGAAUCCCGUAUUUACUUUUCAUAUUGAGGCUGAUGAGGAACAAAAGAUUACUCGUUGUUUUUGGUCCGAUGCAAGUUCAAGGCGGGCCUACAAUUUCUUUGGUGAUGUUGUAAUCUUUGAUACUACUUAUAACACUAAUCGUUAUGGCCUGAUAUUUGCACCAAUAAUGGGGGUUAACAAUCAUGGUCAAACAGUUAUUUUUGCUUGUGGAUUUUUGAAUCAUGAGAGUGUUGAUGAUUUUGUAUGGUUAUUUAAUAAAUUUUUGGAAAGUAUGCCUCGUGGUGCCCCGAAGAUGAUUAUUAUUGAUCAAGACCCAGCUAUGACAAAGGCAUUCCCUCAUGUUCUUCCAAAUACUUUUCACAGUAUUUAUAAAAGUGAGUUCUCGGCUUGCAUUUGGAAAUCAGAGACUCCUGAAGAAUUUGAUUUACAAUGGGAAAGUCUGAUUAAGAAAAGUGGGUUAGAAGGAAACAAGUGGUUGCAAGACCAAUUUGAACUUCGGUCAAGAUGGAUUCCUGCAUAUGUUAAUCAUAUUUUCUCAGCAGACAUGUCAAGUAGCCAACGAGCAGAAAGUGGACAUGCAUUCUUCAAGAAAUUUGUUUCGAAGAAUAAUUCAUUGGUGGAUUUUAUGAUACAGUUUGGCAGGGGACUAGUGCGCCAACGUCACGAGGAGUUAAUGGCCGAUCACAAAGACGUGAUUGAGAAACCUAAACUUAGAAUAAAUCAUGACUUUUUGGAGAAAAUGGUUGAUAUUUACACUAAUGAGAUGUAUUACAAGUUUGAGGCUGAAGUGUGUGACAGUUUUAACUACAAGUUGCAGUUUGUUAGGGAAACCGACAAUCGUCGUGUGUAUCAAAUUCAAAGAAAGAAGCUUGCAACAAGCAAAGUCCGCGAAAUCGUUUACGACAAGCAGUUGGAUUUGGUUUCUUGUAGUUGUAAAAAGUUUGAAAGCGCCGGAAUCGUAUGUACUCACAUUAUCUCUUAUUUGAUGAAAUUUGAUGCUGAAAUAUUGCCCGAUAAAUACAUCUUAUUGAGGUGGACUAAGUCUGCAAAAUCGGGGACAGUUCAUGAUGAUAAUGGCAUGCAGAUAACCCUUGAUAAUCAUUAUCUUUUAACGCGGAGUCAAUUUAUCCAAUCAUCUUUGGAUUUAGUUGACAAGUCCCUUGAGCAAAUCGACCAAUUUCUUAGUAGCCACAUGGUUAGUGGCCGCACGGUUGCAAAGAGCUUCACCGAGAAAAGUAAUCAGAUGAGUUGUAAUUUAAUGGAUGAUGGUACUAGUGUGCAGGAUUCUUGUACUUUUCAAAAUAGUUUCAAUGAACCCGAUCAAGUGCGAGCAAAAGGAUGCGGCAAAAGGUUGAAGGGAGGAAAAGAGAAAGCAAUGGCUAGAGCAAAAAAUAAAAAAGAUAGACGUUGUCACGGGUGUGGUAAAGUAGGCCAAUCACAUGAUAAGCGAAAUUGUCCGGCACUCACAAAUUCGUAA